CCUUUUUUUUUGAUUUAUCAGAAUUAGAUGAUAAUAAUUUUGAUAAUAUUUGAUUAUUUGCCCUUUGGUUUUUUGUCAGGUAUAUGAUUAUAUAUUCAGACGAUUCAGUCCAACUGUGUGCACACAAAGGACAAUGAAUAGGCUAACAACAACAAUUGGCUUACUAUCAACAGCUUUAGCUAUUUGGUUCGGCCUAUUAAGUCCUAAGACUCUCAAUAGCUUUACACGAUUCCAGGACAUGAAUAUAAAAUGGGAUUCUAUGAAAUUCAAUUUCGAGACUGAUGAUUCCAUUGUCCGAUUAUCAGGUCAAUUCGGGCGAAAUUUAAAGGUAUUAGCAUCAAUAAAUCCAUGUCCAGACGAGUUAUACGACAACGGAGCAAAGAAUUGUAUAGAAUUCACUGGAGAGAGUAGACUAGAAAUCGAACCUCAAUUGGAUAAUUCUGGAAGAUGCUAUCGCAUAAAAUGGACACCAUUGAACAGUAAUUUUAUACCCGAAGACUGUAUUGACAUUAAUAAAGCUUAUUGGUAUGGGGGUGCAUCCGUGUAUGAACAACACUGGCCAAUUAAUAAACAGAAACAUAGGAUGACAGCUUACGUUUCGGGAGAUAUUCUCGCACCGGCCGAACUAAACUAUGAAUACGGAGGAGUGUUAGAAAGGUAUUGGAUUUCAUCGAAAGGUGCUGGAAUUUACGUUCAGCCCGAUAUACCUUUGCAUGUUGGCUUUAAUGACAAUUCUAAUGGUUUAUUGUGCUUGAAAUCCUCCUUUGAAGCACCCUAUUUGCGCGACUCACAAGCAUCUGUCAAGUCUAUUUUAGACUAUACAAUAUGCUUGAGUGAUAAUGUGAAAAGUGUUCAUAAAGUAAUGUCUAAGAAAUUCUUUGAUAAACCUCAAUCAGUGCCAGACGAAAGAAUGUUUAAGAGUCCGGUUUGGUCAACUUGGGCAAAGUAUAAAAUGAACGUUAAUAUUAACGACGUCAAAGAGUUAGCGGAAGAUAUAAAUAGAUACGAAAUGGCAAAUAGUCAGAUUGAAAUCGAUGACAAAUUUUCUACAUUCUAUGGAGAAUUCGAUUUUGAUCCAGUUAAAUUUCCAAACGUUUCAUCUUUUAUAAAUGAAAUAAAAAAGUCAAUGAAUUUCAGAGUAACUGCUUGGAUAGUUCCAUUUGCAAAUAACGACUCGGAAGCAUUUAGAGAAGGUGAUAGUAAAGGAUAUUGGGUUAAGAAUGUUGGAGGUCGAACGGAAAUAGUCAAAUGGUGGCAAGGAUUUGGUGGUUUAUUGGAUGUAACUAAUCCAGAGGCAACCAAAUGGUUUAUAAAACGUUUGGAAAAGUUUAGAAGCCAAAGCAAUAUAGAUUCAUUUAAAUUCGAUGCGGGAGAAGCUAAUUACGUUCCACCUAACGCCGUUUUCUAUAGACAAUUAAUCAACCCAACAUCCUAUGCCACGUAUUAUGCUCAACUUGUUUUCAGUUUUGGCAGUCAAAUUGAGACUAGAAUCGGAUUUCAAUCCCAAAAGUUUGGAAUAUUUGUUAGAAUGUUCGACAAACAUUCGAGUUGGGGCUUUGAUAAUGGCCUCGCUUCUCUUAUACCAAACGCCCUUCAAUUCGGUAUUGUUGGCUACCCCUUCAUCCUGCCAGAUAUGAUCGGGGGUAAUGGUUAUAGCGGCAAUCAGGAUGAAUGGACUAGUUCAACAAAAUUACCUUCAAAAGAAUUGUUCAUACGUUGGAUGCUAUUGACAGCUUGUCUACCUGCCAUGCAAUUUUCAUUCGUUCCUUGGCAAUACGACAAUGAAACUAUAAAGAUAGGCAAAGACGCCAUACACUUGCACGAGACUCUAAUAACUCCCGCUGUUCUCAGGGCAGCUGCCGAAAGUGUAAGUCACGGUUUCCCCAUUAUUAGACCUAUAUGGUGGUUAGAGCCGAACGAGGAUAAAGCUCUUAGAGUAGAGGAUCAAUUCUUAAUUGGUAAUGAACUCUUAAUAGCCCCAAUCAUUAUGGAAAAUAGCCGAUAUCGAAACAUUUACCUACCGUCAGGUAAUUGGCAAGAUAAAUUAAGAAAUGAACUUGUUACAGGAGGAAAAACACUGUUAAAUUAUUAUUUAGAUUUACAUGAAGUGGCAAUUUUCAGGCGUAUUGUGCUUUAA